CCCAAAUAAAAUUCUAUGUCUUCCCCAAUCCAACAACAACAAUGUCUACUACUCGCCUUACCUUCCUAUACCCUCGCCUCUUCCGCUCAAUUCGCACCUGCGAGCCGACUGCUCAAACCCUCCUUCGAAGACCCCAAUUGCCGUCGCGACAAUGCAUGAAAGCGAGGGGUUUCGCAAAGGCUACCCGAAGGGAGCAGAGGUUUGUGGAGAGGCAUGGGAAAGCGGUUGAGCCUUUCGUGGCAGAUGUAGAGACGGCGGAUGGGGACAAACUGGCUGGAAUCGAUAAGGAGGCAAAAGAGGCAAAAGAAGGUGGGAUUGAGAAGAGUAAAGCUAUGAAUCUGGAUAAGAAAGGGACGACGAACGAGGGGCAAGAGAAAACCACGCCAAUUUCGAAUAUCGCUGCGGAACCACUUUCAGAGGAAACACAAGCUGCUGGAGAGAUACUGAAAGAACAUUUUUCAUUGCCUUUCGAAAAAGUUGUUAGUAAAGAGGCAAAGACGCCAAUUGGACAAAAGACUGAUGCUGGGCCUGGGGAUAUAAAGACACCUACGGAAACGAUUCUUGAGAUGCCACCACCAAAGACUCAUGAGCAGGAAAAUGCAUUAAAGCCACCACAUUUACAGACUCCGCCCUACGUUCACCAUUUUGAUACAUACAGCUUGGUGCAGCAGGUUGAGAAGGGAGGGUUUACGAUGGAUCAGAGUAUUACUGCUAUGAAAGCUGUGAGGGCUCUCCUGGCGAAGAAUCUGGAUGUUGCGAAGGCGGGGUUGGUCAGCAAGAGUGAUGUUGAGAAUGUGAGUUUUGGAAAAGUUACGCCAAUAAUGAGUGUGGGUUAAUUUUGUUGUAGGAAACCUAUCUCUUUCGGGCUGCUUGCUCGGAAUUGAAGACGGAGGUUCAAAAUAACCGAAAGCAAAACGAGGAGUCCAUGCGAAGAGAAAGAACGCUGUUGCAACAUGAAGUUGAUAUCUUGAAUCAGAAACUUACUCAGGAACUGCUGGGUCUGAAAGAUGAUUUGAAAGGUAUGUUUGAUGACCGAAAGAUGGCAGUCAGACAAGAGCAACGCGCAAUGGAAAGUGCUGUAAGUGUUUCCCUGACCCUAAGUAUGAGCGACUCGCUACAAGCAAACUAACUCAGUAACAGAUCCAAGAAAUCAAUUACAAAAUCACCGUCUCACUAAAUAGUGACAGCAAGUCUGAAGUAGAAGGCCUUCGCUGGAUUCUGACGAGAAGAUCCGUGAUUGGCAUUUUGAUCAUGGCUUUCAUGGUCUUGACAUCCUUGCGAUAUGCGAGCUAUAAGUCUCAUGAAGCUGAAGAGAGACGAAAGAAACUUAAGAAGGCUCCUAAGAAGGACGACCAUGUCCCCCGGGAUUUGUCACCUCACAAUGUUGCAGAAAUUCUGACGGCAAAUUAAACCUGGGAUACUGAUCUCAUGGAGGAAUAAUGGGAGGAUAGACAGAGUUCACCCCAAUCAUCCAAGUGACUUCUUUGCGACCAUUAAGGAGGACGAACCGUCAUGUUAGGGAUGCAUAUCUAUCUUGUUGAGGAUCGAAGCGAAAGAGUGGGCGGCCGAUGAUUAAUUACCUUUCAGCCUGGCAUAGACAGACGAAAAACCCGUUGUAGCAACUACAGUCGAUACAUCAAACCCCGAAGACCACAAACUUAUAGACUAGCAAUGUAAAGAUAUUUCAUAAAGGCCGAGAAAAAAGGCUAAGAAUAAC